UCAAUAACUCAACAUUCUCCAGAAAAAUGUUCUCGCUCGCCAUAAUUUUAUUUUACUUUUGUUUCUACAGUUCUGUGACAUCAACCGAGGAACCGUGUCGCCAAGGUGUUAACUGCCUUCUACCGGACUGUUUCUGUAGUACGUUAGAACAUCAAAUGGGCCGGAAUCACAUCCCUCAAAUGGUGUAUUUUGGAUUUGAUGAUGCAUUGAAUCCGGAGAGUGUUCAACACUACGAUUUUCUCUUUGGGCGUAACCGAACCAACCCCAACGGCUGUCCAAUAAGCGCCUCCUUAUACAUUUCACAUAAAAACACGAAAUACGAUAUAGCAAAAAUGUACUACGACCGUGGAUUCGAACUGGCCGUACACAGUGUGACUCAUUCGGGCAUUGAUACCUACACAAAGUUACUCCAAGAAGCUCGUGAUCAACGGAACAACAUUGCUAAUUUGGCUGGUGUCCCUAUUGACGAGAUUGUCGGAUGGAGGAGUCCUAAUUUGGUUACGGCAGGUGACGGACAGGCAGCCGCUCUCCAAUCCCUCGGGUACACGUAUGAUAUUUCAUGGCCUUAUAGAAAACUUCGAAUGAAUGAUAAGAACUUGUGGCCACUUACAUUAGAUUAUGGUUGCCAGAUUUCAAAAGAAUGCCCUAAGCAAAAAAAUAAAGGAUUUUGGGAGAUUCCGGUGAAUCCCGUUACAUGGAAGGAUGAACAAUUUUGUGUCUACACUGAUGGUUGUUACAAGCGACCUAAUAACACCGAGGAAGCUUAUAAUUUCAUCAUAGAUAACUUUAACAGGCAUUACCAAGGCAACCGCGCACCAUUCGGAAUACAUAUGCACAUGGGUUGGUUUUUUCAGCCAUAUACAAGGACAGGUAUGGACAGGGCAAUCCAGGACAUGCUGAAGAAUGAAGAUGUAUACAUUAUAACUGCCAAACAAGUACUGGAGUGGAUGAGGCACCCAACUGAUAUAUCCGAGAUCAAACAUUUUAUAUACUGGCAUUGCGAUGAAAAAAUUAAUUCAUCACAAAGAAAUACAGAAGGCAAACAUCUGUCCAAAGUUCUUUUUCUUGCAGCUGCAUUCAGUUGUCUAUCUGUUGGAAUAGUGUAUUGGUUGAUAACAAAGAGAGGUAAAAACUAUACACCAUUGCGGCAGUAUUUGGCUGUCGACGAGUACAAGGACAUUGCAAUCUAAUACCGGUAUUUAUUACACUGAAGAUCGUAAAACUGCUUUAUUUUAAAUGUGUAGUCAAUAUAUAUCUAAGUCAGGGUAUUUACAACUCUACAUACAAAGGAUAAAUAAAGUAAAUUGUAAAAUAAAUCAACGUUUUUCCCAGUAAUUAUCUAGUUCAUUUAAAUUAUGAGCACACUUAAUUUUCUGUUAUGUUAUUCCACACCUUUAUAGCACGUAGUAAAAAAUCAAUUUUUUCCUCUUUAUAAGUAGCACUGUUAAGGGUAUAUUUUGAGAGAAAUUCUGUUUCCGGGUCGUUUGGAAACAUUUAUACAUAACUUCAAAAAGCCGGUAACAUCGCGAUAUUUUUCAUGGAUUACUUUAUAUAAUUCCAUCAUGUCUCCUCGCUGGGUUCUGAACGAUAAUGUUGGUAAAAUUAGGCAUUUCAGUCUAUCCGGGUUUGACAAAUGUUUUACUUCGGCGACCAGUUUUGUUGCCCUUCUUCUUAAACCUGCCUUAUUUUUAUCCGUUUAGUUUGUUUCAUAUGGAAACCAAAGGGCGCUUGCGAAAUCAAAAUGACUUCUUAAAUGAUUUGAAUAACAAGAUAAAUGUUUCCUUGUACAAAUUUAUAAAUGCUCUUCUUAUAAUUGCCAUCAUCGUAUUUGCUCUUUUGAUUUUAUUCAAAUAUAUGGUUUUGAAAUUCAAGAUUGAUAUCAAUUACAUGUACUACAUUACUACAUUUAUUAAAUCUUUUUCCGCUUCCGAAUUCUUGACCUUAGCUGUUAAUAGGACGUUAAACAAAAUAAACCAAACCAAACCAAUCUUUAGAGUUAUACCCGCAAGAUGGUUUGUGAUUUCAUUAACAGUGGUUCUUUCUAUGUGCAUUUGAACACAUUUCCUGGGAUGCAGUUUUAACGGUCAUUUUACCAAUCGAUAGAGAUCUUUCAUCAGUGAUAACAUUUUAGUGCCAUCUGCGAACAAGCACUCCUCCAAAUCCUUCGAAAUCUUGAAGGUCAUUUAUGUAAAUGACAAAUGUUAUUGGACAUCGGCCCUUUUGAAGAUGUGACAGGUGUCCAUUCUGAGUUAUUUUCAUUAAUAACAACUCGUUGUUUCCUGUCUUUUAAAAAAAAUCUGUAUGUUGUAUUCCAUACGCUUUUAGUUUUUGAGCGAUCAUCUUGUGCGCAACGGCAUCCAACGUUUAUUUUUCAAAUCGGUAUAAGUACAAUCGACAAGUUUUCCAGUGGUCUGGUCCAUUUAUGUGGACCUUCAGGAGAUCUGCACAAUAUGACCCCAUAUUGUUUAUUACAGAAAAGUAAGUUGGCUUUCAUGUGUUUAACUAAGUGAUUCCUUACAUUUGUUUCCAUUGUUUUGAACACAACUGAUGUGAGACUGAUGGGCCUGAAAUUUUCACGAGUGAUUUUUCUGUAUAUUCCACAAUCAUGAGCCUCCUUCCUGACUGUCGGUACUUUUCCUGUUUCUAUUGAAUGUUUAUAUAGAAAUGUCAGUUAUGUUGGCCAGCUCCUUGAGAAGCCUAGUGUGCAUUUCGUGCGAGCCCAGAUAUUUAUUUACAUUAAUACUUAAUAAUGCUUCUUUACUCGUGAGCAUCACGCUAUUUGUUUCUUUUUUGACAUCAGGAUUUGAGGCCUAUCGCCUCUCUCACUGUCUCUUGUUUUCGUUGUUUUUAUUGUAAUCUGUAUGAAGAUCACCUAUAGCCGAUUUAGUUUUUGACUUCCUAUUAUAUGUAUAUAGGCAUAAUGAGGACUACAUCACGUUAUUGACUCGAUGCAUUUUAUAUUUAAAAAAAAGUUUUUAGUUGUUAUAGAUAAAAGUUUCAGUGCUCAGUUUAAUGUACUGAUAAAAUGUUUAUAUUUAUUUACCUGACUUAUCUGCACCAUCAAUCAAAUGUGCACGUUUGUAUGAUGCAUGAAUAGGUUUUUAUUCUACAGCGGGUCUGGUAGGAAAAUAUGAUUAUAAACUCAUUUCUGUUUGAAAUCAUUUCGUGUAACAUAUAUACUUUAAAGUAUAUGGUUUAAAGGAAUUUGAAAUAGAGACAACGGACACCAUAUACAGUGCACUCUGUCCAAACCGGACUCUGUCCAAUCCGGAUAUUUGCCAAAACCGGCCAAAUAAUCUGGUCCCGAAAAUUCCCUUCUUUAUUUAUAGUAAAUAAACUCUGCAUAAUCCGGACUCUGUCUAUUCUGUAAUCCGGCCAUAUAUUCCGGCCCCAUUCCUUCUGUAUACUAGUAAAUCUACUCUGUAUAAACCGGCGUCGGUCCCAUUGAUGUUUCCCUGGUAGCUUCAGGGGUUCCCGACGAGUGUUUAUACAGUUGUAAUUGCCGCACAGGUAUAUUAAUGAUUGACCAUUAAAUGUCAUUGUCCACAGGUGGCUACGGCUGGAUAAACACCUAAACAGUUGUUAGGUACAAUAAAGAAUGCAUUUUGUCUAUUAAUACCCAUAAUGUUACGUGUUUGUAAAUGUAUCGUAAUUAAGAAAUUUUCAUGCUGGCUGGCUUCCCAUUCGCGGACCUCACUACAGAACGUACCCGGAUGAGGAAGUCAGAGAUGAUGGUGACUCCGUUUCUAUUAUCAACAAACAUGGAUCUCAUGACUACAUGACAGCCGAUAACAUUAAGGACCAAUUAGAAUUUGAGGCUAAUUUUCAGAUUGGGAAUCUGCACUUAUAGAAAGUGUCAGAUCGGUUGAUUGUUCGGACUCGGUGGAAGGCCUUUUAAAACAAACAACAAUCAGUGAUUGUUUUCAACCGAUGUAACGUACACUGUGUUAUAUUGACAGUGUUGAAUUAAAUUAUAUUAUUUAAUUCAAAGUUUGUAUAUGCAUGAAUAAUGCACAAUGACAUCUUCUUUUUAAUACAAUGUAUAUCUUUUUAUUUAUUUAUUUAUUUAUUUUUUUGCAUUCAGCGACGAUAUCAAGUAGAAUCUCUACAAUCCGGAACUCUCUACAAACCGGCUUUAUUUUGUGGUCCCAAAGGUGUCCGGUUUUAACAGAGUGCAAUGUAUAUACAGUAAGCUAAUGCAACACGUUUGUUUUAGCUGUACUAGUAUAUAUAUAGACAAUGUAUUGAAAAUAAUCCCGGGCAUGCCCUUUAUUAUGUUCCAAUCUAAACGAGAUUGGGAUGCUGGAAUCAUUUAUAGACAUGGUUUUAUAUCAACAUAUUUGUGUGUUGACUGUGGAGAUAAAUACAGUAUAUAUAUCUACAUAUAUACAAAACAGAGAGAUGCAGUUGCAGACUGUGUUUAUAUUCAUUUGAUGUUGAUAGCAUGGCAUGCCAUGCUAAAGUUUCAUACCACAGGCAUAUCAAAAUCCAAAUUCGCUACCAAUCGUUUCUAUAUGAUAUAAAAAGUAGGUUGUCGUAUUGAAACCCUGUUGUGGACAAUAUCCUGUUUAUCCAGAAUGUAAUGUAUUCAUUUAAGUAAGAACAACGACUGCUGUUCCCUGAACCACUUAUUCAUCCGUAUUCGUACGGAAAAUGAAAACUGAUCGUCUUGGCAAAUUUAUUUUUUUUUUUUUUUUAGCUCCACUUUUGUCACAUCCUUAUAUAUAUUUUAUGUACCCGUGGGCCGUAAUGUAUUGUUUGUUAUAUGUAAUCGUGGGACGUAAUGUGUACUGUCAAUAAAUGGAAUUUUCUUGAAUGCAGGAAAUAACAGUUUUUUAAAAUGUAUUUUAGAGUUAACCGGAGAAUU